GUAUACGCUGCACUGCAGAGAACCUACUCCCGUAGUCUUCCAAAACUGAUUGUUUUUCUGCUUCUUCGUUGUAGCCAACUUUUUCUCUUGCAUUAUCAAACUCAAUAAACACAGGGAGAGCGCAGCUUUUAGAAACAAUUUCUAGGGUUUCUCCUGUAAAGUAAAGUUAAGAUGUAUAGAACAGUAGCCUCGCGAUUUCGAGCUCUCAAGAGCCAAGUUGGAAAUUUGCGGGCCUCACAAUAUGCAACUUCGAGUGCAGUUGCUUCUAGAACAUCCUCACCGGGGUUCUUUAGCUGGCUGACGGGGGAGCACUCUACUUCUCUUCCUCCUUUAGAUUCCCCAAUGCUUGGUGUUCCCCUUCCACCUGUUCUACCAGAUUACAUUGCACCAAGCAAGGUUAUGUCAAAGACUCUUGAAAAUGGUGUCAGGAUUGUAUCAGAAGCAUCACAGAAUCCUGCAGCCUCCAUAGGGUUGUAUCUUGAUUGUGGUUCUAUCCAUGAGACACCCAUGUCAUGUGGGGCCUCACACUUGCUUGAACGGAUGGCAUUCAAGAGCACAAGGAAUAGGAGCCACUUGCGAAUUGUUAGGGAAGUGGAGGCAAUUGGGGGUAGUGUUGCUGCCUCAGCCUCUCGGGAGCAAAUGGCUUACACUUUUGAUGCUCUUAAGACCCAUGUUCCUGAAAUGGUAGAAUUGCUGGUUGACUCUGUGAGAAAUCCUGUCUUCUUGGAUUGGGAAGUCAAUGAAGAGCUUAAAAAGAUGAAAGAUGAACUUGGACAGCUCUCUAACAAUCCACAAGGCUUACUCUUGGAGGCAAUUCACUCUGCCGGUUAUAGUGGUGCAUUGGCGAAUCCUCUUUUGGCUCCUGAAUCAGCACUAAACAGAUUAGAUGGUGCUAUUUUGGAGGAAUUUGUACAUGAGCACUAUACAGCUCCUCAAAUGGUUCUAGCAGCUUCUGGUGUUGAAUUUGAGGAGCUUAUAUCUGUUGCAGAGCCACUUCUUUCUGACCUCCCACGUGUGCAGCGUCCUGAAGAACCAAAAUCUGUGUACGUUGGAGGGGAUUAUCGCCGCCAAGCUGAUUCACCGAUGACACAUGUUGCUCUUGCUUUUGAAGUUCCUGGAGGCUGGCAUAAUGAGAAAGAAGCUAUAGUUUUGACUGUUCUUCAGAUGCUUAUGGGAGGCGGUGGCUCAUUCUCUGCAGGGGGUCCUGGAAAAGGAAUGCACUCACGACUAUAUCUCAGAGUCUUGAAUGAGUAUCAACAGCUCCAAUCUUUUUCUGCCUUCACAAGUAUCUUGAAUAAUACCGGAUUGUUUGGCAUCUACGCUAGCACUACCCCAGACUUUGCCCCAAAAGCAGUCGAUAUAGCAGUUGGAGAAUUACUUGCAAUUGCAAUGCCUGGACAAGUUUCCAAGUUGCAGCUCGAUCGUGCCAAAGAGUCCACAAAAUCUGCUGUGCUGAUGAAUUUGGAAUCUCGAAUGAUUGUGGCAGAAGAUAUAGGAAGGCAGUUUUUGACCUAUGGAGAAAGGAGGCCCGUCGAACAUUUCUUAAAGACCGUGGAUGAAAUCACUGCCAAGGACAUCACUAACAUUGCACAAAAGAUCAUCUCUUCACCUCUAACAAUGGCAUCUUAUGGACAUGUUCUUAAUGUCCCCAGCUACGAGUAUGUUAGCAGCAAAUUCCAUGCAUAAAUUUAUUAACGAGGGUGCAUUGCAAUCAGAGGCUUCACUGUGACAGUCAUCAUCAAUCGUGUGCUUGCAUCAAGCGAUUUCUUUGUUGCAUACUGUCAAAAUAAAAAUAACUAGAGAAGAAGUUUUCCUAUAGAUGAAAGGAAAUAUGAGCCGUCCAAUUCAUUUAAAUUUGAGAUCACUUGUUUCAAACCCGUAAGAAUCAGGUGCUUUUUCUUUUUGUCCAUGAUUAUUAUCAUAAAGAAUUUUGGAAAUUUUCGUGUUUCA